CUGGAGUGUCCCUCAGGUCCGGCAUGAAGACACUGAUCCUGGUUCUGGCGCUGGGCACGGCAGCCCUGGCGCAGCUCCAGGACAAGGUGCUGUAUGGGGGACCCUGCGAGCUGAUGUCGCACCCCUACCAGGCCGCCAUCUACACCGCAGGCCGCCUGCUCUGCGGGGGGGUCCUCGUCCACCCACACUGGGUCCUCACCGCUGCCCACUGCAAGAAACCGAACCUUCAGGUUUACCUGGGGAAGCACGACCUCCUGCAGCAGGAGGAGUCCCAGGAGCAGAGCCCCGUCGCCCAGAUGGUGGCCCAUCCCCACUACAACGCUGCCACCCACGACCAGGACAUCAUGCUGCUGCGUCUGGCACACCCCGCCCGCCUCUCCCAGCACAUCCAGCCCUUGCUCCUAGAGAAGAACUGCUCUGCCCGCCAUGCCAGCUGCCACAUAGUCGGCUGGGGCAAAACAGCAGAUGGCGGCUUCCCCAACACGCUCCAGUGCGCCUACAUCCACCUGGUACCCCAUGAGGAGUGCGAGCGCGCCUACCCCGGCCAGAUCACCGACAACAUGUUGUGUGCUGGGGACAAGAUGCUCGGAAAGGAUUCCUGCCAGGGUGAUUCUGGGGGCCCCCUGGUGUGUGAUGACCGGCUCCGGGGCCUGGUAUCGUGGGGCAACGUUCCCUGCGGCUCCAAGGAGAAGCCAGGCGUCUACACUGAUGUCUGCAGAUACGUCCCCUGGAUCCAGAGAACCAUCCGCAACUACUCAACCCGACAGCUCUGCAGCUCUCCAGCCCAUGGUCCGCCUCUCUGA